AUGUGCUGUCAUUCAGCUGCCUGGGCCACGUUCACGGCUGUUACCGUUGGCUCGGAAUGCUGGUCCCUGGAGCGGCGUCGCUCCCAUUUAAGUCCGUAUUUCGCCAUGUCGCUCGAGCAUCUGCCUUAUGAGCUUCUGCUGCACGUGCUCUCCAACCUUCCCGACCUCACCACGCUCGACAGCUUGCUUCGCGCCUCACCCGCCGCGUACCGGCUCUUUGACAAUGGGACGUGCGCCGUCGAGAUAUUCGAGUGUAUCCUCUCUGAUGGAUGCAUCUGCGACCACGUGCAAGUCUUGAUGCGCCAGAUUGCGCUGCUGCGGUCCGGCGCUCGCCCGUUUCCGCCGGGCUACACAGAGUACACGCCGUGGCCCGUCGCGCCGGGAAUCGCGUCCUUUCGGCGACAAGUCAUUGAAGAGUCGCUGCGGCACAGCUCUCGACAGAAGCCAUCACCGGCGGGAUUCGCGCCGAAGCGGCUGGGCCGCGACACAGAGCCGUGUAUCGUGAGGAGUAUACUGAUUUCGGCGCGACGUCUUACAAUGGUGUCGCUGGACUGCAUCAACUUUUAUCUAGAGGAGCUAGCGCACAUCACAGACGUAAACGACCACCACUCGAGUUCAGUGUCGGCUCUACCACCGACCUGGAGCGAAGAACAGCGGUGCCUGCGGACGCUGUGGCGCUUGCAGCUCAUUUUCGACCUGAAGCGCGCGGCGCGGCGCGGCACGCUGGGCUGGUCGAAAAAGGACCUCAAGAGCCUCGAGGGCAUCGCGGCCAUCAGCUCGACCGAGGACGACUGGUGGCUCGGGCUGCAGGUCAGCAGCUUCAGCCAGCACUGGCCGGGCGCCGACUGCGGCGAGCGCUUCUUCUACCACUCGGCCGCGCACCACGACUGCUACUACCCGGACGUGGCGCAUCCCGAGAAGCACGAGUACGCGACCAUCCUCGACUACAUCCGGCUAAGCCACGGGCAAGAGUUCACCACGCGCGUGAAUCAGGGCGUACUGUGCCCGACUGCCAUGGCCGACGGCGCGGGGGAGGUGUGCCGCCGCCGGGGGAGCGAGGCACCGGCGCCGGCGCUCGGCGACCGCAGGAAGCUCGUCUUUGCCUCGGCCGUCGUGCAGUACUAUGAGAGCGCGCGACCUGGAGUCAGCGGCGGCGGUGUUGCGUGUGCAGAGCUUGGGUGCGGCGGCGCGCAGGGUCUCGAUAUUGCGCUGCUUCGGCAGGCUGGGUUCGCGCUGUGGUCGAAUCAGCGGUUAAAGGUGCUGAAGAACCUCUCUGAUCUGCCCAGUCUGCUGAAGCGGACAAAGACAGUCGCCUAG